AUGGCUGAGAAAGAACAGGUCAUCCAGGCAUUGAGAGCUACCCUUAUAUCUGUCAAAGGAGCUUUAACCAUAAAGCAGUGUAACCGUGACUACAGGGAGCUCCAAGGCGAGUGGAUACCUUUCAAAAAGCUAGGCUAUUCAUCAUUAGAUAAACUCUUCUUAGAUGUACCUGGCUUCAAAGUGAGUCAGAAUGGCGGGGAAUGGUAUGUCGAUGCUAUUGCAAGCCAGGAGACACAACAUAUAGCUACUAUGGUAUCUCGUCAAAAAUCAAAUAAAAAGGCAACACCAAAACUAAAUGGCCCUAAUCGAUUUCCAAAAAAACAAGGAUCAUGGCGAAAAGCUUCAGGCUACACAUCCAAUUACAACAAUUCAUAUUCAAGUCAACUUUACAGACCGAAAGGCAAUACUCCCUACAGCAACAACUACAAUUACCAUAAGAAUAACAAAUAUAAUCAAAAGUCGAACGAAACGAAAAUAAGUUACACGAACGCUAAGCAAACAACGAAGUCCAUUAAUGACAAUGUAGAAAAAGCAUCAAGAGGCAGCAACCAGUUGACACAGAUCGUGAGGGAAACUAAUGUACAUUCCGAAGAGUUCAAGCUUCCCAUGCGCGCAAAUAGCGAAAGCGACGUAAAACAUAGUACUAAAGUGUCAGCAUCACAGAGGCUCUCUAAUUUGAGAGAACGCCUUAAUACAGUAGACUUAAUACCAUUACAAUUUCCGUCUUCUAAUAACGAAUGUCUGGAAAGCAGUGGUCCAGUAACAAAUGUUGUACUAGCUCUUACUUUAGAACCACCACCAGAUUCUACAUCAAGCGUAAUCAAGUUAGAGUGGUAUUGCAAAAAGUUGGGUUUACCUGAGCCUGUAUAUAAAGUGCAUGAUCUUAAACCUAAACAUGGAGCUGUCACCUACGACUGCACAGUUAAAGUAGGGUCGUAUUCAGCAUCAUCGUACCCGGAUUCAUCGCCAUCCGAUGAGUUGUGUAAAGAGGUAGCCGCAGUAAAGUUACUUUCGAAAAUUGAGAGUUCAGAAUCUGGCAAUGUACCUACUUCAUCAAGUAGCAAUGCCAUAGCUUAUCUUGCUGAACUGGUUUCUGAACAUGAAGCUGGGCUUUGGGCAAAUACAGUGCCACAUUUAUACAGAGAAAAAUAUGGUGAAAAUUUACCAAGCAAUUGGCAAGAAUUAGUGGAAAACUGUCCAAAAAUAAUAAAAGAUCGGGUUUUUAAUGGACAUUUAGUUUUACUUUCUAAUAAAGAGCAGGACGCACCAUUGGAAACAACGAUCAUAGAUGACGCAAUGGAUACCGAUUUACCACCUUUGCAAUUUCCUGACGAUGACUUUUGGAACGUUUUUGUAACAGUCGCGAACUCAACACUUGAAAUUUGGCUUAGAAUUAUAGGUACAGAAUUUAGUGAUGCCUUUGAAGCUCUAUUAGCAGAUAUGGCCCAAUAUUACGAAUACUCUGGUACACCUGUAGAUAAAUCUAUGUUAAUUAAAAAUGCUUGGUAUGCUGUUAAUUUAGACGAUGGCGGAUGGCAACGUGCUAAAAUUCUAGAAAUCGAUGACGACACUGCAACUGUAUUUCUCGGUGAUCAUGGUGAUGAUGAUGUGGUGUCAAUACAAAAUAUAAAAAUUUUGGAGCCACAGUUUAGGAAAAUACCAGCGCAGGCGAUUCUGUGUCGACUAGAGGGCGCGGAGGAGCUAGCGGCGAGCACGCUGGGAGCGGAUCUGGUGCACCGGCGCUUACCCGGCGGGGUGCUAGUGGCGGCGCCGGGCCCGCGUCACGACCCAUCCGAUCCUUCGGUAGCUGUCGUACUUUUCGACACCUCUACGCAACGAGAUCUCAAUCUCAACAAGGAAAUCGUGCAUGACUUUUGCAUCGCUGGGACUUUUACAGUCACUCAGAAACCGUGCGAGGUGGAGGUGGGGUGCGUAACGGAGGAGGGGCGCGUGUGGGUGUCGCGCGCUGGCGGCGCGGCGCUGGUGCGCGGCGCGCUGGCGCUGCUCACGGCCGGCCCCUACCGCCGCCCGCUGCCCGCCGCGCCGCAGGCUCCCUCGCCCAACGCCGGCACGCUCUACAUCGUGCGCACGAUCGCCGGUGACUGGGUUCGCUGUACAAUUAUAAGCGGACUCGACGGCGAGGGCACCGUGAGGACGCAGCUCGUGGACAGCGGUCUUAUUUUGCGCGCGCCUUUAUCAUCUUUAGUGCCGUUACAAACUUUCUCGCCAGCGCUCAACGCCUUUCCACAUCAGGCUAUAUCGGUGCGGCUCGGGCCGGCGGAGCGCGUGGCGAGCGCAAUGGUGGGCCGCCUACGCGAGCUGGUGCUGAACACGCACGUGCUGUGCCGCGCGAUGCCCGCGUCGCCCACGCCGCCCGCCGCGCCGCACGUCGAGCUGUUCGUGCGCACGGGCCCGCAAGACAUACUCGCCUCCGUCAAUAACGCUAUCCUCUUGGAGUACGAUUACUUGCAACAUGGUAAACCAAAAGAGGAAGAAAAGGAUGAAACAAAUCAUGUGGAGGCCCUGCACAAGAAGAAGGAGCGAAUAUUCCCCAAUCGAUCAAUGUUGGGCGACGACAAGCCUUCGAGCGGGGCCUCGCUACCGCCGCCGGCGCUGCCAGCCCCCGGCAAGUGCUUCGAUGUGUACAUUGCUAUGGCAGCUAACCCCUGUAACUUCGUUGUACAGCCAAAUAGUACUCGAUGCACUCUUCAAACUAUGAUGGCAAAACUUCAAACUGAAUGUCCAAAAAUGUCAGAACUCGACGCGCCUACCAGUCCCGCUAAUGGAGAAUUGUACACUGUGUACUAUGAAAAAGAUGCUUCUUGGUACAGGAUAAUAAUUGCAGGGACGGUAUCCACUGAAAUGGUUUCUGUUUAUUUCUGUGAUUAUGGAGAUCUGGCUAUGGUCGCCACUAAAGCAUUGCGGCCCAUACCACCGGGGGCCCCAUUGGCGCGCUCAUUGCCACCUCAAGCUAUAAAAGCUCGUCUUUAUGAUGUUUUGCCUCUACAUCAAGACUGGACAGUAGAAGACUGCAUCCGAUUCCAAGAAUUGUGUGUGGAACAACAAUUUGUUGGUAUUUGUAAGGAUGUAGGCAAGGAUCCUUUAAACCCUAAUGAGCCAUUGUUAACACUUGAUCUUAUUGACACUUCCACAGAUGAAGAUAUUUAUUUAAAUAAACAAUUAGUUGCUGAAGGCAGGGCACGAUUGGCUUCUGUCUCUACUUCUUAA